CGACAAGCAACGUCACUAUUAUAAUCUUCAAUAUGGCGGAUGAACAUGUCUUACUCUCAGGUUCUUCCUUUAUGGAUCCUCUAAAAGGAUUACUCUUGACAUAUAUUAUGCCAGAAUCAUGCUACGACGAGUUCUUCCUCAAUUUCAACUUCCUGGACGUGCCAUGUCUGAAGAUUGUUCUGAGCAAAGGCCUUGGGAUUGGCAUCAUCCUGGGAUCAAUGAUGGUGAAACUGCCUCAGAUCUUAAAGCUGAUGGGAGCAAAGAGCGCUGAAGGACUGAGCUUCCAGUCAGUGCUGCUGGAGCUGCUGGCUAUCACAGGAACCAUGGCCUACAGUAUCUGCAACAAGUUCCCCUUCAGUGCCUGGGGUGAAGCUCUGUUCCUCAUGCUCCAGACUGUCACCAUUGGCUUCCUCAUUUUGCACUAUGGAGGAAGAACCAGUAAAGGUCUCCUGUUUGCUGUUGUGUAUUUCGGCCUGUUGGUGCUCCUGUUGUCUCCAGUCACUCCCAUGUCGGUGGUUAUCUUCAUGCAGGCCUUUAACAUGCCAGCCAUCAUCAUUAGCAAACUGAUCCAGGCCGUCACUAACUUCAGUAAUGGACACACUGGUCAGCUGUCUGCUGUCUCAGUCUUCCUGCUGUUUGCUGGAUCCCUUGCCCGCAUCUUCACUUCACUACAAGAAACUGGAGAUUCACUGAUGGCCCUCACAUACGUCAUCUCCUCUUGCUGUAAUGGCGUCAUCGCUUUGCAGGUUCUUUACUACUGGAACAGUUGCCCUAAACUCACAGAGAAGAAAAAGAAGAGCGAGUAGGCAAUGGAACAAACUACCCUUCAACUGUAGAGCAACACUUCCCCCCCAAAAUCCAACAUUCCACAGUGACGGAAGCAGAGGGGCCACUGGGAAGUGUUGUUUAUUGAUUCUGCUGGACAAUAAAUGAACUUUGAGCCAAGGAUGUAAAUGUACCAGACACUUUUUUUCUGAUUGACUGCUGGUUUUGGAGUUGGUGUUGAACCCCGAGCAGAGUUGCUGUGCACUACAUUCCCUCUGAUGCAUUUCACAUGUGUGGAAAGUGUUUAUUUAUGAUUGACGGUCCUUGUUAGCAGUCAAAAGAAUAAUUCCACAUUUAUUUACAUCAAAUUCCAUUUAUCCUAUGCAGUUGUUUAAAUAUAAAGGAAAUCAAUGCAUAUCAUUUAAGCCAUCCAUCUAGCGACAAAAUGCAUGUUAUUCAAAUUUCCCUCUCCCUCUUCUCCUUUCUCUCUCUCUCUCCAUGAUGUUGUCUAUGUACAGAGCCUUGAGAUACUGUAUGUUAUGAUUUGGCGCUAUACAAAUAAAAUUGAAUUGAAUUGAAAAAA